AUGGGUGCCUUGUGCCCUCGUUCAAAUAUUGAGGUCGUCCAUGUUGAGUAGAAUGAGAAUGAGAUUAUGAUCGAUCCUCAAGUCGAAAUAGACACUCUUAUUAAUCAAGAAACAAACUACAAACUUAGUUUAAGUCCUAAGUUUUCCCUCAAUAAUCCUACACUCUAAACCUGUGAUUAAGUAAUACAAUCAAUUCUCUCUAUCUCACUUUCUUUCAUGGUGAAAGACUUUUCAGAGCAGAUUAAUUUCUUGAAAUUGUAAAUACAUAAACAAAUACAAGACCUCAUUAAUCACGAAAUCGAAUUUCAAGACGAGUUGCUCAAAAUGCUUAUUGAUUAUUAUGAAUUUCUUAGUUAUGUUCAAGAGAAUAGUGCUACUAAAGUAGUUACUUGGUGGAAAGAACCGAAAACAAUAGUCGAUCUUUAACAUGCAAUUAAACAUUGGUCUCAAUAAUUCUUUAAAUUUGGGGGUCGCCUUAGAAGAGAAAAAGCAUUCAGAUAACUCAACUUUGAACCUAAAACCCCUGAACGAUUUCUUAAAACCCGAGAAUGGAUCAAAAAGUAAACAGAAGGUUAACAAGACUAACCAGAACCAAAAUAAUCAUAACCAGUAGAGCGUAAUCUAUAAGUUGAAGAUGGGUUUGAAGAAUUAUGA